AUGGCUAAACCAAAUGGGUUUAUUUAUUCAUCUGUCAAGUCACCACAGCAUCCUAAGUUAUAUGCUACACAAAGCAAUGGACAUCUCUCCAUGUUGAAAAAGAGGUUAUCUAACAAUGGAUUCUGGCAUUUUGGUGGAAAACUAAAUACUUUGAUUGGAUCUCGUGGAGCUACUUUGAUAUGUUGCUCAACAGAAACACGGAAUACGGAAACAGAAGAGUAUGUGAGACACUAUGAUGAUGGUUCAAACAUAUCCAGUUCUCAAGCUGGAGAUGAGGAUCUCAUUGAGACAGGAAAUAAUAUUGCAUCAAGGCAUGGAUUAGCUGAAGCGUGUAAAUUUGUUUGUGAGGAUGCAAAAUUUGUGAACGAAAGGGCUAAGAAUGACAUUGUAUUACUCUCCAGGAGCAUAAUGAGGUUGGAUGCUCGUGCACGUCAAGAUGUUGCUUUUCUCGGUUCAGAGUUCCUUAAGCUAGAUGCACGAGCUAGAGAAGGCACCGAGAAAAUUGACCAUGAUGUGAAGAGAAGAGCUGAAAGGCUUCAUCAUGUUGCCACUAUUCUGAAAAACAAAGCUCAAUCUAGAUUGAAAUAUGCUGCUGAUAAUCACUGGAGCGAUGGUGCCUUAGAGGCUGAUUUGAGACGGGCAGAUUUUGCCGCCAAGCAACGUGCAAUGGAAGAUGCCUUCAUGGCUUUGGAGUUUGUCAAAAACAUACAUGAUAGGAUGGUGAGAAAGAUGUGCAGAUUGAAGAACAGUUCUGUAAAUUCUAGUGAGACAACAGGACGUAUAACACUGGAAAAGAAUGGGAAAACCCUUGACUUCAUAGAGGUGUCUGCUGAUCGUAUUAAUGCCAUGCAGGAAGCUUAUUGGGGCAUGGCUUCUGCACUUUCAGAAGCUGAUGGAAUUGAUUAUACAGAUCCUGAAGAGCUGGAGUUGUUGGUUGCGACUCUUAUUGAUCUUGAUGCAAUGGAUGGUAAAAGCAGUGUAUCUCUAUUGGCGGAGUGUUCAAGUUCUCCUAAUGUCAAUACCAGGAGAGCAUUAGCUAACGCGUUAUCAGUUGCGCCAUCCAUGUGGACUCUAGGAAAUGCUGGGAUGGGAGCUUUGCAGAGACUGGCAGAAGAUAGCAACCCCGCAAUUGCUGCUGCUGCAUCAAAAACUCUCCGUGAAUUGAAGAAACAAUGGGAAAUUGAAGAAGGAGAUAGCUGGAGAUUCAUGAUGAACCGAAGUCUGCUGGAAGAAGAAAAUGAUGAUACAGAAACCAGCUAA